AGUUGACUGUCUCUGUUCUAAAUGACGGAUGACUCAAGUUUGCGUAUUGCAAUUGUUAAGGGUGACAGGUGCAGACCCAAGAGAUGUAAACAAGAGUGUAAAAGAAGCUGUCCGGUUGUUCGUAUAGGAAAGCUUUGUAUAGAAGUUGAGCCGACUUCAAAGAUUUCUUGGAUAUCAGAGAAAUUGUGUAUAGGCUGCGGAAUUUGUGUGAAAAAAUGCCCUUUUAAUGCGAUCGAGGUUAUCAAUCUGCCGAAGAAUCUGGCCAAGGACACCAUACACAGAUACGGACCAAAUCAAUUCAAGCUCCAUCGCCUGCCAAUUCCGAGGCCGAACCAGGUGCUUGGGCUGGUUGGAACCAAUGGUAUCGGAAAAUCUACCGCUCUCAAAUUGUUGGCAGGUAAACAAAAGCCAAAUCUCGGGAGGUUCGAUGACCCGCCUGAUUGGAAAGAAAUUUUGGCAUAUUUUCGAGGAAGCGAAUUGCAGAAUUAUUUUACGAGAAUUCUGGAAGACAACUUAGUUGCAAUUAUUAAGCCACAAUAUGUGGAUCACAUUCCGCGUGCAGUGUCAGGAAAAGUUGGGAACAUCGUUUCGUCUAAGGAUAAACGUCAGGUGAAGGAGAUUAUAUACAAAGAACUGGACCUGUCAUCGAUAUUGGAUCGAGAAAUUGAAUUUUUGUCGGGCGGAGAACUGCAGAGGUUCGCCAUUGCGGUGGCAUUGGUACAAGACGUGGAUAUUUAUAUAUUUGACGAGCCCUCUUCCUAUUUGGAUAUAAGACAGAGGCUGAAAGCUUCGCGUGCUAUUCGUGGGAUUUUGUCUAAGACGGUUAGACAGAACUAUGUCAUAGUUGUAGAACAUGACCUAGCUGUGUUAGAUUAUCUGUCUGACUUUGUGUGUUGCCUGUAUGGACAGCCCGGGGUGUAUGGCGUCGUAUCGGUGCCGUUCAACGUUCGCGAGGGAAUUAAUAUUUUUUUGGAAGGAUUCUUGGCUUCGGAGAACAUGCGCUUUCGAGACUUCGAGCUCACGUUCAAAAUGGCGGAAGUUUACGAGAGGGACGACAAGCGAGACCGGCGAUAUAGCUAUGGCAACAUGAAGAAGGCCCUUGGCAAUUUUACUCUUGAGAUUGAAUCAGGUGAAUUUACUGAUUCUGAAAUAAUUGUGUUUUUGGGAGAAAACGGUAUGGGUAAAACGACUUUUAUUCGUUUGUUGGCGGGAGCAUUGGAUUCUGACGAGGGCUCUGAAGUGCCACAGCUUAACGUGUCAUAUAAACCUCAAAAAAUAUCCCCGACGUUUCAUGGUAGCGUACGACAGCUUCUUCACAAGAAAAUUCCGGAUAUGUAUAUGCAUUCGCAGUUCCAAGCGGACGUGAUGAAGCCGUUGAAACUCGAUCUAUUAAUGGAUCAACAAAUUCAGGUGCUUUCAGGCGGAGAGUUACAACGUGUCGCUCUUGCCCUGUGCCUCGGUCGUCCCGCUGACAUCUAUCUAAUUGAUGAGCCAUCGGCCUAUUUGGACUCUGAGCAGCGCAUUGUCGCGUCGAAGGUCAUUAAGCGCUUUAUUUUGCACAGUAAAAAAACGGCCUUCGUCGUUGAACACGAUUUUAUCAUGGCUACUUAUUUGGCAGAUCGCGUGAUUGUAUAUGAAGGAACUCCGUCUUUGCAUGCCAAGGCCAAUCCACCACAGUCCUUACUGAGUGGUAUGAACAAGUUUCUGUCUCUGAUGUCCAUCACUAUACGCAGGGACCCGACCAAUUACAGACCGCGAAUCAACAAGUACGACUCUAUCAAAGACAGAGAACAGCGAGAAGCUGGUACCUACUUCUACUUAAACGAUUGAAGCAUCACCUCUUAUGAAAUAGAGAGUGCGCUUUUCGCGUUCUUGAAGCGAGGGAAAGCCGUUUUAAGCAAGUCAGCCGUGCCUUCUUGUUUACAAGUUCUAUAUUUUUAGAGCAAGGAAAUGUUUGGCGAAAACGCAUGUGCUCUGUUUUCGGUUGCAGUUCCUUCAAAUUCGAAUAAAGCGAUCAUCUCGGCUUGAGAGCGCGACGCAAAUAACUCCUGCGGUCUUUUGCUACUAAUGUCAGAGAGCCGGAGCCGUGCAUCAAAAAGGAAAAUAUGUGUGCAGAAAUAAUCGCACGGGUUGUGGUUUUGUACGGUUUCGAAUUCUGACUAUUUGGUCGUGCAAGUUCACAGUAACGCGCUGCAAGCAUAGGAGUGAGGAGAGGCAUCAUUUAUCUGAGUCAGUUUCUCGAUUUUGUCGUACUUCUAAAUCGUUCUAGUUGUCCAAAAAGACCAAAAACCCCGCAUGAUUGCAGGUGUGAGAGAAUUGAUUUAUGUCAAAAAACUUUUUUGGUUAUUAUUGAGAAAACGAACAACCGUUAGAGGCUCGAGGGGGUGGUACGACGAAAUUUCUUCGCAUGCAUCUAAGUGCCACGGAUUCGCGGUUCUCACCCUUCAGGUUUGGUAUUGGGUCGAGGAUGCGUAGCAAAUGACAUCAGAAGUGCGUUCAAUGUUUGUGAAUCAUUUUGAUAGGGAUAAGGAGUGCAUCGACAAUGGGGAGCCAACGGAGCUUGAUAAAACAUUGGCUGAAGGAUGCGAGUAAUUGCUGGAGUCAAAUAGGAGCAAGAGAACAGGUAAGGACGACGUUGAGGGGGAUUUAAUCUCGAAGAUAACGUAUAGCUUAAUGUAGAUAUUCUCCGAUUAGAGGGUGGAAUGAACUAGGCAUCACAUUUGCCACCGAAUAAAGCGAUACUGCAGGUUUGAAAAAAAAAUAUUUUCGAUUGAAAUGACGUCUUCAAAAAUCGUUGAAACGGAGAUAAUAAGCGUCGGCUUAUAUCUCCAAGAAGAAGCAGUCCUGAUAUCCAAGACAUUUGAAUAGGAAACGAGUUUGUUCUAAUGUGUAAUAACUUGAAGCAGCCUCUGAAA